ACAGUUCGUUUUCUGAGUUUCUAUUUUACGUUACAUGUUGUGUGUCAUUGCGGUUUAGAAAGCGCACUAUUCCGCGAUACAAAACUGUUUUGCGAGUCUUCAAACGCUGACAUUUUCUUUAUAUGGCGGGCUCAAACUUAAGAUGGUUGUCGAAAGUGCCAAUACAAAAAGGCUCCACGAGGAGGAAUGGUUUUUUUCCGUCUUGUAUGAAGCAUGCGGAGAACUUGAAAGAUCAUCGGCAUGGGAGACAAGACUGAAACUUCGAUCAGAAAGUCAGAAUCCGCCAUUGCAAUCACCAGCCCCAAGAAAAAGAAACAGCCACAGGAUUUCAGUUUUGGCAAAAUACUUGGUGAAGGAUCAUAUUCGACUGUCCAGUAUGCAAAGGAGAUCAACACAGGCAAGGAAUAUGCAAUUAAAAUUCUUGAGAAACGUCAUAUCAUAAAAGAGAAGAAAUCUCCCUAUGUGCUACGAGAGAAGGAUGUCUUGAGCCGUCUGUCUCAUCCUUUUUUUGUGCAGUUGUUUUUCACUUUUCAAGACAAGGAACGUCUUUAUUUUGGUUUAAGUUUGGCUAAGAAAGGAGAGUUGCUUCCAUAUAUAAACAAGCUUGGCUCUUUUGAUUUGAAAUGUACACAGUUUUAUUCUGCUGAAAUUAUUUCUGCUUUGGAGUAUCUGCACUCACUAGGAAUUAUACACAGAGACCUGAAACCAGAAAACAUUUUGCUCAGUGAUGACAUGCAUAUCAAAAUCACAGACUUUGGAACCGCGAAGAUUCUCGACAAACCAGAUCAAACCGGAAAAGAAGGACGAAAUUCUUUUGUUGGGACAGCUCAAUAUGUUUCACCGGAACUUUUAACUGAUAAAAGAGCGUGCAAAAGCUCGGAUCUUUGGGCUCUUGGAUGUAUCAUAUAUCAACUGUUAUCGGGAUUACCGCCGUUUAGAGCAGGAAAUGAAUAUCAGAUAUUCCAAAAGAUUAUAAAGUUGGAGUAUGAAUUUCCAAAUGGUUUUCCCGAAUGUCCAAAAUCACUCGUUAAACAACUUUUGAUAUUGGAUCCAACGCAAAGACUUGGUUGUGAUGAGAUGGGAUGCUACGGACCAUUAAAAGAACAUUUGUUUUAUGAAGAAAUCAAGUGGGAGAGUCUACCCCAAGAUACACCACCUCGUCUUCUCCCUUAUCUGCCUGCAACCAGCGUUGAUGAACCAGGUUUCUGGGGGGAUAGCCAGAUCGACUCUUUUACUUCAACGGAUAGUGAUAUUGAUGUUGGAAUAUUAGAAAACCUUGGCAUAGUGGAAGAGGAAGCCACAAAGCUUCACUUGGUUAGUGAUGGCGACUUUAUGUUGCCUAAACAAGAGCGCUUGAAAACUAAAACCAAGAGAAAGACUCUUUAUGCUUUCAUUGAAACACUGGAAAAUGUUUUUAUUGGCUAUUGGCUUGCAUGCAUUGAAUUACUUGCGAAUGUUUUGAUUGUUAGCCAGCAUUAUAGAAUGGCAAGUUUUGUUGGGAAUAAUUUGAUUCUUAAGACUGGACUUAUUGACAAAGAAAGGUACCUUCACGGAGAUGCUUGGGCGGGUGGGAGGGGACUGUUUGCUCGAAGAAGACAAUUGAUACUAACUGAGGGACCACAUUUGUACUACGUUGAUCCACAAGCAAUGGUUAAAGGCCAGAUACCAUGGACGAAAGAUUUAAAGGUUGAGGCAAAGAACUUUCGCAUAUUUUUUGUGCACACACCUAACAGAACUUAUUAUUUGGAAGAUCCAGAGGGAAAUGCAGAUGGCUGGGUUAAUAAAAUCAACGAAGUUCAUCAAAUGUACUUUAAAAAACACGAUGAGGUUGGAAAUAAGAGAUGAAGACGCAAGGGACACCUCGAUGAAUUCAAAUCUUUGAUAAACUGUGAUCAGUAAUUCAUCAAUGGUAAAAUUACAUCUUUUCUAUCUACCACUUGAAAAACUUGAAAACAGUAGCUAAUAUCUGGUUUGAAAAAUAUUGUGAAGGAACCUUCACUCGAAGUUUUUAUAACGUAGGAUGUAGAUUAUAUUAAUUUUUUGACUACAAAUAUUAGGAAAGUGCUGCCCUUUAUAGAGUGGAUAGAUGGACGAGUUAGAAAUUUGGCAAAGAUUACAUGAAGUAAUGCACAAAAAAAAACGUGCACUCUUGUGUAAAGUAAGAUGAGGAAAACCUUAUGUCGUUCGGUAUAUUUUAUAAUUUUCAGUUUGUAUAGUAUGCUAUUCCUAUCCUUUAUUUAGUUUUAUUUUCUUUUAAUUCGUAUUGUGUUUUCUACAACAAUAAUUACGUUCAUAAAAUGCCUACGCAAUAGUAAAUAAAAUUAAAAGAACGCCA